AUGUCAUCAACCUUUAUCCCCCCAAUCCCACCCUGCAUGCACGACUCGACCCGCACGCGCGUCAACAAAAUGAGAAAAUAUACCGUCAAGCUAGUAGGACUCUGGGAGCUCGGCCGGCGAAAGGUCAGGAAGCUCUUUGGCUCCCACCGUUGGUUCAACGGCGGUCGCCGCGAGAGUCCAUGUCUUCGUAUCCCAGAUGGCUCCGCUGAGUCGAUCGUCGCCGUCACCAGGAGAGGUAGUUUUUCCUCUGUCGGUACCGGUUCCAAGAUAAAGUUAUGUGUCGUGAACCCGGAUCUACCACCGGAGUCGGAAGGUUCUCUCCCUCCUGCUCCUUCCUCUGUUGGUUCGGGAUCGCGUCGUUUGCAUGAAGGUACUAGGAGGGCAUCUCAGGAGGGUGAGUCUAGCAUGAGGUCCACCGUCCCCAGGAAACCCGUCCCCAUCCAGCAGAUCCGCCCAGGUACUGCUAACUCGCUCAAGUCUGAGGACGGGCAUAGUCUCAGGCGCAAGCCCGCGUCCUCUGACCUUCGUCACAGUGAUCUGCAGACUGUCCAAGCUCGUGUCCAGAGAGUGCCAGAGAGGCCCUCUACGCAUUUGGCGUCGGCGCUGGCGUCGGGUUCUUCCCAUGCGCCGGCGGAGUUUGAAGCGUCAAGUUUUUCUGCGAGGGUAGGUAGCAGACCCGGCACUGAAAAUCCCAGGAACCUCUCCGCCGAGUUCUGGGACAGACGAGCCGGGCCCAGAAUACCAUCAUCGCCUCUGGCGCCGCUGGCUGAUUCAGUCAAAGGCGCGGUGCCAGAAGGAAGACAGAUGGUGUCCCGCUCGCGGGCACAAUCGCAGGCUAGUCCUAGCCGUGGGCCCUAUAUGCCCGCGGCAUCAACAUCUGCAAGGUCCUAUAAGAGUUCCAAUUCUAGUACUGAUAGCUUGUAUAACGAAACGCAGGCGCAGGCGGAGUGGGAGCUCAUUGAAAUGGGGGCGCAUGAGGUGCUGACGAGCUUGCCUGUGCAGCGGCUGUAGUCGUGCCUUUGUUUUUUUUUGUUUUUUUUUUCCAAU